GUUUUAGCUAUCUUGAUUGCGUUAGUACUGGUUACACCAGUCAAUGGGAAGCUUUAUUGUUUUUCGUGACCGGCAUAAAGAACACUGGCCAUUUUUCUUAUCUCCGGUGUAUCGGAUUGUUUGUAAUAAUAUUGUUUCGUUGAUUUAUCUGUUCAUAAAUUGAUCCGCUUCACGUAAAUAUUCCGCCCGACAACAUUUUAAGCCGCAGAACAGUUUUCAUUUGCUUGCUUCCACUCUGUUGGCUGUUGAGUCAUACCGUACUUCCGAAGUGUUUUUUUGUUCCACCGGGAGAACUUUCAUUCGUUGCCACGGGAACAGCGAAUAUCGACGGCAAGUGCGAUUCCGGACACCUCCACCAGAAGGAUGUCAUUCAAGUUGAUUAGCAGCGCCAAAGCAAACGGAGUCAUUCCGGUCCGCAAGUACCGAUCGGAACGCACCGGAUUAAGUGUCGUUGUGGGCGAAGUCGAAGGUCCACUGGUGAAUGGAUACUUUGCAUUGGCAACGGAAGCGCAUGACGAUGACGGAUUGCCGCAUACUCUGGAGCAUUUGAUCUUCCUGGGUUCGGAAAAGUAUCCUUUCAAAGGUAUUCUAGACCUGGUCGCCAAUCGAUGUCUGGCAUCGGGAACGAAUGCCUGGACGGAUACGGAUCAUACCUGCUACACGAUGACAACUGCCGGAAGUGGAGGCUUCCUGUCGCUGUUACCGGUUUACCUGGACCAUAUUCUGUACCCAACUCUGACGGAUUCUGGCUUUACGACGGAAGUGCAUCAUAUUUCCGAGGAAGGCGAAGACGGUGGAGUUGUGUACUGUGAAAUGCAAGGGCGUGAGAAUACGGGCGAAUCUCGCAUUCAUUUGGAUAUGCUUCGGGCAAUCUAUCCGAACUGCGGUUACAGCUCGGAGACCGGUGGAAUAAUGGCCAAUUUGCGUACCAGUACCACAAAUGAAAAGGUCCGUGCUUAUCACGCCGGAUUUUAUCGUCCGGAUAACCUUCACGUAAUCAUCACCGGUCAAAUUGAACCCGAGGACAUAUUCAAAGCCUUGGAACCGGUAGAAGAGAAGAUCCUGUCCAAAGGAGAUCUGCCGGCAUUUACUCGGCCAUGGCAAACCCCAGUGGAACCGUUGGCUGAAUCGAAGGACAUCAAGAUCGUAUAUCCUGCCGAUGAGGAAGAUUGUGGUUUAGUUAAUGUGGCCUGGCGUGGACCCAAAGCAACCAGCGAAUACGAAGAACUGACAGCAUGUUCCGUCCUCUUGCGGUACCUUUCGGAUACAUCGGUCAGUCCUCUGCAGCGUGAGUUCGUAGAGAUUGAAGACCCUUUCGCAAGCCGAGUGGGAUAUAACAUUGCGGAAAAUGCCGAAUCCCUGUUGUACAUUUCUUUCGAGAAUGUGCCUCUGAGUAAGAUCGAUGACAUCCACGCGAAGCUCAAGCAAGUUCUGGAAAAGAUUGGAAAGGGUGAGGAGAAAAUCGAUAUGAAACGCAUGGAAAAUGUGUUGGAAAGGUAUAUUUUGGAAUCGUUGAGUAACCUGGAGAGCAGUCCGCAUGAUAACGUGGCGUUCCAUGUUAUAGGAGACGUUCUUUACGGAGCCGUGGAGCAAGAUUUCGAUAACCGCUUAAACGCCAACAGGUUCCUUCAGAAGCUGAAGGAGAAGAAAGAGGAUUUCUGGGUCAAUUUGUUAAACAAGUACCUUAUUGAUGCCAACCAUGUUGUAGUUCGUGCCGUCCCAAGUAUCGAAGAGCAGAAGCGAUCGGCCAAGGAAGAGAUGGAUCGCAUCGAGCAACAGCGAGCAACCCUUGGCGAGGAAGGUCUGGCCAAAAAGGGUAAACAGGUAGCGGAGGCGAUGGCCGCAAACGAAGUCCCACCGCCGGACGAGAUGUUGACGUCGAUUCCGGUACCGUCUACUGAUGGAAUCAAGUUCCAUCCGGUGGAAAUAUUCAAGGCCACCGGCGAUGGCAAGAACCCAGCUGGACUGGAUCUGAAAAAACUGCCGGUUUAUGCGGAGGCCUACCAUUUGCACACCAACUUUUGCUACCUCAUGGUAACGAUGAACACCGAAUCCGUGGAACCGGAGCUGCGACCGUAUUUGCUGCUUCUGAUGGAGCUGCUCACCGAGUCGCCGAUCCGACGUGGCGACGAGUUAAUUCCAUACGAAGCAGUCGUUGCCGCACUGGAAGCCGACACCAUCGCAACCGAGGCACAGCUAGGAAUCGAAACGAGAAAUCGUUUCAGUCUGGGGCCAUUUUCAAAUACUGCCAUUUUGUCGAUGCAAGUCGUCCGUAGCAAAUACGAGACGGGCAUUAACUGGAUUGCGGAACUCUUGCAGAAAACUGAAUUUACAACGGAACGCGUUAAGGUUUGCGCUUCCAAAAUGGUGAACGAUGUGGCACAAGCCAAACGGGAAGGCAACUCCAUCGUGAGAGAUUUGCUGAAGGCUAUGUAUUACGAGAAGGACAGCAAUGUACGCGUGAGUUCUCUUCUAAAGCAGCAGAAGUUUUUGAGCACCUUGAUCGAACAGCUCGAUAAUGAACAAGGAGCAGAAAAGGUGAUCAACAAGUUGAACAAAGUUCGUGAAAUCAUCACUCAGCCAAAGAAUCUUGGUUUGCACAUUGCGGCCGACUGGGAGGAGAUGGCCAAACUUCAGGUCGAUUUGGAGGCACCGUGGAGUAAACUGGUUAAAUCUGAGUUUAAUGAUCUCAAGAAAGAACUCAUCGUCAUUCCGGACUGGAAAUUAAUAAACAUGGAUGGUAACUUGACAGAUUCCACCGGUGUGGUUGUUGGCAUGGGAAGCGUCGAAAGUGCCUUCCUGUAUCAAAGCUCUAAAGCUAUCACCGAUUUCAACGACGAGGAUCUUGCACCGCUACUGCUGUUUCUGCAGUACCUAACUCAACUUGAGGGUCCAUUGUGGCGCCAAAUCCGCGGCCAAGGAUUUUCCUACGGAUACAACAUCGUGCACCGGCCUAACGAGGGCUUGCUGUACUUUACUCUCUAUCGGGCAACGAAUUUAGUAGCAGCCUACAAGGAAGCCAAGUCAAUUACCGAGAAGCAACUUCAACCGGAUGCCGAGUGGGACUCAACUCUGCUGGAAUCGGCCCGCAGUUCGUUGAUUUUCGAAAUCAUUGCUCGCGAGAAGAGCAUCGGCAACGUGGUGGAGCAGUCUUUCCUCUCCAGCUUCAAACAGGUAUCGGUCGGCUACAACCAAGCGCUUGUUCGCCAAGUCGGUAAGGUAACCGAAGCCGAUCUUGCCCGAGUAGGAUCAAAAUACGUGAAGCAACUGUUCUCAGCCGAGGCCCGAACAGCUAUCGUGUGCCACCCGGACAAAGCAGCAGACGUGGCCACAGCUUUCAACCAGCUUGGACAUAAUCUGAAGGUGGAAAACAGCCUGGAAGGCAGCAUUUUGGCCUGAGUUAGAUUUGUGUAGCCUUUGUUUCAAAAACAUUGCAUUUGCUUCGAUUGUGUAUUUCCAGUGUGUAGUUGAAAAUAUGUGAAAUUAUGUUGUGUCUAGAAUUAGAUUUUAGGCGUUUUAGCACCAUAGAAUGUCAAAUUACGAAUUUCUUUCGAAGUCAGUUGGUAUAACUGUUUGAAAUAAACUUAGUUGAUUGCAAACUCUA